AGCAGAAGAAAAAAAAACUUCAUUACAAACGCUUGUUAAUUAGUGUCGAUCAUGGAAUCUUUUGAGUACAAUGCAGCACCCGCUCGUGUCAUCUUUGGCAGCGGCACCCUGUCGAAGCUUGCUGACGAGGUGGAGCGGCAAAAGCUGAGCGCACCUCUCCUCCUCUCUACACCACAACAAGUAGAUCAGGUGACUGAUCUGAAAGAUCGCCUCAAUGGCAAAAUUGCCGGCAUCUUCACGGAAGCUACAAUGCACACUCCACUGGAAAUUACCGAGAAAGCACUGGACUAUGCAAAGUCCACCAACGCCGAUUCAGUCAUUUCGAUCGGUGGAGGCAGCACAAUUGGUCUGGGAAAGGCGAUAUCAGUCCGAACUGGCCUGCCGCACAUUUGCAUCCCGACUACAUACGCGGGCUCUGAAAUGACUCCAAUUCUAGGAGAGACUCAGAAUGGAAGAAAGACCACCAGGAACGAUCCGAAAAUCCUACCCGGGACUGUUAUCUAUGAUGUCGAUCUCACAAUGACGCUUCCAGCCAGUAUGAGUGCCAGUAGUGGCGUCAAUGCAAUCGCACAUUCAGUCGAAGCUCUAUACGCCCGGAAUGGCAACCCAAUCAUUUCUCUCCUGGCGCUUGAGGGCGUUAAAGCGUUGGCAAGCUCGCUGCCGACGAUCAUCGAGUCUCCAUUGGAUAAAGAAGCCCGCCAACUUGCCCUCUACGGCGCCUGGCUGUGCGGCACGUGCCUCGGAGCAGUCGGAAUGUCUCUUCAUCACAAGCUGUGCCAUACGCUUGGUGGGUCCUUUAACAUGCCGCAUGCGGAGACGCAUACAAUCAUCCUGCCGCACGCUAUCGCCUAUAAUGCACCUGCCAUACCAGAAGUUAUGAAGCGACUUGCAGAGACUCUGCCAGGCAGCGACGGCGAUGCGAUAAAAGGGCUCAACGUACUUUUGAAGCGUCUGAAAGUCAAGAGGGGAUUGAGGGAAUUUGGAUUGAAGGAGGAAGAUGUGGACGAGGCGGCGACAAUUGCAGUGUCAAAUCCUUACUGGAACCCACGCGCCAUCGAGAGGGACCCUAUUCGUGAACUGCUAAGAAGGGCUUGGGCGGGAGAGGAUGCGAAGGCUGAUUUAUAGUAUCAUAUAGUAUCCCGUUAAUUUAAAACAUUCCAAG